AGAUAAGCUUGCGUGUCGGAAGUAUUCCUCUGUGUCCUCUCCUUUUACAGAGUGAGAGACUUCUAACUUACGUUAGCCAACUAGAUAUCUGAUACAGAAGAGAAAGAAAAUUGCAAGAGAUACGGAAUCAUGCCGCGAGCAGGAUCAUCGGUCAAGGCAGCCCUCAUGAUGACCACUUCCGUCAUGGUCGGAAUGUUGCUGUCAUCCAUUGGGUUUGUGCCUUCACUUCUCACCUACACCAGAGAACCCAUGUCCCAUGAUGACCUGGCGGGGGAGGAGGUGCCUGCUAACCCACUUGAUACACAUUCUCACCCAGAAGAUGUGAUAGAGGGUGAAGAUGAGACACAGAAGGUGCGGGUGUUGUGUUGGGUGAUGACUCGUCCGGAGACACACCAGAAAAAGGCCGUCCAUGUUAAGGCAACUUGGGGUUCACGCUGCGACAAACUCAUCUUCAUGAGCUCAAAGAACGACACUGAUCUUGGGUCCAUUGACCUGGCUGUUGGAGAGGGGCGAAACCUGCUGUGGGGGAAGACCAAGGCCGCCUUCACUUACGUUUACCAGCACCACCUACAAGACUACGACUGGUUCUUCAAGGCCGACGACGAUACGUGA